GAAAGGUCUGCUGAGUUCGACGAAGCAGAAGCUUCAAACGAAACAAAAAAAAACAGAGAAGGAAAGAAAGGUAGAAGAAGAAAGAGGCUAGAACCAAAUCUUGAGAAAUCUUAAAUACGCACUGAUUUUUACGGAUUGAUUGGAGGAAUUUGUACGUGUUGCUUGAGGUGAAGCAGUUGAUAUUUCGGCACGAGUACUAGACAGCAGUUGACGCAGGCGAGGAUUUCGUUAAUUAGAGUGCACAGAUUGAUAUUUCUCGAUGGCUAGGACACUUACACCCUCAUAUGCUGGACGUGGUACUACCCGAGGUGGAGGUCAAGUUGGGGUUCAUCAAACUAGAAGACAGACUGCUUCUCAACCUCAAGUUGGGAACAUGGGUCAAACCCAAGUUGUUAUGCUAGAUCAAGUGCAAGAGCAGGGAGUUCAGAAUGCUCCACCACCAGUGCCAACUGUUGUACCUAUUGUUGCCUUACCUGCAGAUGCAGUGGCAAGGUUAUUGAAUGUGUUAGAGGCAUUGGUGCCUACUCAGGACGGAAGUUCAGCUCCUCAUGCUACUUUACAGACACAAGCACCUACACAAACUCAGCCUUUCGGGAAUAAUGAAGUAUCCCUACACGAGUUCCUGAAAUUGAAAUCACCAAAAUUCACAGGUUCCGAUAAUUCAGCAGAUCCUCAAAGUUUCUUGGAUGGGACACUCAAGGCAUUAUGUGCUCUUGGAUGUUCUAGUGAGAGAGUCGUGGAGCUCGCAGCAUACAAACUAGAGGGUAUGGCCAACACAUGGUAUGAAAUGGUAUUGCUAGGAAGGCCAGCAUGAGCACUACCAUUGACAUGGGACGAGUUCACUAAGUUGUUCAAGAAUUAUUUUCUUCCAGACAUUCUGAUGCAACAAUAUGCUAGAGACUUUGAGAGAUUGGCUCAGACUCCAGAUAUAAAUGUGUCAACAUAUAACACUAAGUUCUGUAAGCUGGCUAUAUAUGCUCAUCACUUAGUGUCUAUCGAAGAAGCUCGAGUUUAGAGGUUUGUUGAUGGAUUGGUUGGUCGACUAUACACUGCAGUAACCCCACAGAUGAAGACUUUAUCCUACUCUGAUGUAGUCGAUCUUGCUAGAAAGAUUGAAAACAAAGGACGUGAGGAGCGUGCAACUAGUGAUUUACGUAAGAAGGCCAAGACAGGAGGGGCUUUCAGUGGUGGUUUUAGUGAAAAUAGAAGAGCAGGAAAUCAGGGACAACAACAACAACAGGGUUCUCAUAUAGGGACACACAUGUCUUCACAGUCCACAUACAAACCACAUUAUAGACAAGGUAAUAGGGGACCAUCAUCUUCUGGACAUCGUUCUGGGCAGAUAUAUGCCACUACUCCAGUCUGCCAGACUUGUGGUAGAUCACAUUUGGGCCAAUGUCGUGUUCUAACUAGAGAGUGCUUUCGGUGUGUCCAGUUGGGACAUCACUUGAGGGAUUGCCUUCAGCCUCCGAGAAAUUUCAACCAGGCUUCUAUUCAGUCAGUUGCACCGACUCAGACUACUCAUAAUACUUCAGGUGCUACAGGUACAGGAAAUAGAGGUCGAGGUGUUGGAGACCGUGCUACUGUGAAUCAAGGACAAGGCAAUGCUGGUAGAGGUUAGGCGAGAGUUUUUGCAUUUACUAGACAAGAUGCUCAGGCCUCGAAUGCAGUGGUUACAGGUAUUCUUUCUGUCUGUCCAUUUGAUGCACUUAUGUUGAUUGAUCCAGGAUCUACCCACUCCUAUGUGUCUUCGUACUUUGCUUUGAGAUUUAGUUUACAGCCCGAGCUAUUGAAUGAUCCUUUUCUAGUUGCUAUUCAUGUUGGAGAGUCUCUAUUAGCUAAAUACAUGUAUCGUGCUUGUCAGAUUCGGGUUGAGGGUAGAGAUACUCUAGCUGACCUUAUUGUACUUGAUAUGAUUGACUUUGACAUGCUGAUGGGAAUGGAUUGGUUAUCUUCUUGCUAUGCUAUAGUCGAUUGUCAUGCAAAGAUAGUUAAGUUUGAGAUACCAAAUGAACCCAGUUUUAUUCUAAGAGGGAGUCAGGUUCCAGAGACUUGCAAAAUUGUAUCUUUUAUGAAGGCUCAACGACUUCUGAAGAAAGGUUGCUUGGGUUUCUUAGUUAUUGUAAAUGACACAAGAAAGGAAACAAUUAGUAUAGAAAAUGUACCUGUAGUGAGAGAAUUUUCUGAUGUAUUUUCUGAAGAUUUACCAAGUUGCCUCCAGUACAAGAAAUAGACUUUGGUAUUGAUUUGCUACCUGACACACAGCCCAUAUCGAUACCCCCAUAUCGAAUGGAACCAGCAGAGUUGAGGGAGCUAAAGAAACAGUUACAAGAUUUGUUAGAUAAGGGUUUUAUUAGACCUAGUGUAUCACCAUGGGGUAUACCAGUACUGUUCGUAAAGAAGAAAGACGGAUCCCCGAGAUUGUGCAUUGACUAUAUGCAGUUGAACAAGAUAACAAUACGCAAUAAAUAUUCUUUGCCUCGUAUAGAUGACAUGUUUGAUCAGUUACAAGG